GCGACAAAUCGGGCGGGAAGAGGCAAAAAGCGCUCAAGCGGCUUGCCCUGCCGAUUUCGGUUCCCACUGUCGCGUGGCCCAGUGUCCACCGCCGCGCGAGGGAAGGCAGAACGCCCAGGUCGGUUGUCGGCCCAGAAUUAAGCCCCAGUGGCCGUAAUUCCCUUCCUUGUGUCCCUUCCUCCCUGACCUCCCCGGCCCGCGGGACCUGCGGUGCGCGGCGGUCUCAGGGCCAUUUCUGAGCAGUAGAUAUUUUGAGUACUUCACUGAACAACAAGUUCUAAAUCCUGUCAUCAAGUUCUGAGCUCUGGUGCCAAGUGGUAUUAGAUAUAUAUAUUUUUUUCAUUGAAAAGAAAUGAGUGUAACUGCUAUUGCAUCAAGAGUUGAAACCUGGCUGUUAGCUACAUGGCAUGUUAAAGUACCUCAAAUGUGGCUGGAAGCUUGUAUUAACUGGAUCCAAGAAGAAAAUGAUAAUGUUAAUUUGACCCAGGCACAAAUUAAUAAACAAGUAUUUGAGCAAUGGCUGCUUACUGAUCUGAGAGAUUUGGAAUAUCCUCUCUUACCUGAUGGCAUUUUAGAGAUUCAAAAAGGAGAAUUGAAUGGGUUUUAUGCUCUACAGAUUAAUUCUUUGGUUGAUGUAAGUCAACCUGCAUAUUCUCAGAUACAGAAGUUGAGAGGAAAAAAUACAAUAAAUGAUUUGGUUACAGCCGAAACGCAAGUUACCCUAAAGCCUUGGGAAGCAAAGUCUUCACGAAUGUUGAUGCUACAGAUCACUGAUGGAAUUGUACAAAUGCAGGCAAUGGAGUAUCAGUCUGUUCCAGCUCUUCAUAGUGAUCUUUCUCCAGGUACAAAAAUUUUGAUUCAUGGAAACAUUUCUUUCCGUCUUGGUGUACUCUUAUUAAAGCCAGAAAAUGUAAAGGUUUUAGGAGGUGAAGUAGAUGCACUUUUAGAGGAAUAUGCCCAAGAAAAAGUACUGGCAAGGUUAAUUGGGGAACUUGAUCCUGUUGCCUCAGUAAUACCAAGUGAUUCCACCCAAAAUAUCCCCAGAGUUACAGAUGUUCUAGAUUCUGCUUUAGGACCUUCUGAUGAAGAACUUUUGGCAAGUCUUGAUGAAAAUGAUGAACUUGGAGAAAACAAUGACACCUCCUUGGAAAGGUGUUUGAACACAGGCAGUUCCUCAAAUACUACUCCUAUGAGACAGUCAAGUUUUGAGCCAGGACCUGUUACUUCUCCAAAACCAAAGGAGAAACAACCAAACCAAUCUAUGUAUUUCACCGAUGGGAAUUUAGAUGACUUCUCCCUGGAGGAGGCCUUACUUUUAGAAGAAACUGUCCAGAAAGAACAGAUGGAAACCAAAGAAUUACAGCCACUGACUUUGAGUAAAAACAUAGCCAAGCAUAUAGAGGGGUUUUCACAUAAACCUAAUACUCCAGGUGACUUUUCUUUGGCUCACAAACAAGGAGACAAUAAUUGGAAUGAAAACAAAUUAUCUGAACAAAUGACUCCAUCUGCUAGACACCAAAACAGUAGUUCUUUUUUAGAUAAUGGUAAUGUAUCUUUAGCCCAUGGUUUUAUAAAUAAAGAUACAGAAGUAGAGACAAAUAGCAAAAUAAAACAAAUCAUCAGCAGUUCAGAUGAACAUUUCUUAAGCAAUAAAAUAUUAAAUAGAGACAUUAACUGUGUACCAAAAACGAGUUCACAAAUUUCUAGUGAAAAUCGUCACCAUUUACAAGCUUGUUCUUCAAAAUCAGUAGAGAAUAUCACUGAGCUUUCUACUGCUAUGGAUUUACAUUCUCCACCCUUUAUCUACUUGUCUGCCCUAAUGGCCAGCAAACCAAAGGAAGUUACAACAGUAAAAGUGAAAGCAUUUAUUGUGACUCUAACUGGAAAUCUCUCGAGUUCUGGUGGCCUUUGGAGUAUCACUGCAAAGGUUUCUGAUGGUACUGCCUAUCUAGAUGUAGACUUUGUGGGUGAAAUACUGACUAGUUUAAUAGGAUUUUCAGUACAAGAAAUGAGAAAGUUAAAAAAAGAUCCUCUUAAAUACCAAACGUUCCUUGAAGGUUUGCAGAAAUGUCAGAGAAAUCUAAUAGAUUUGUGCUGUCUAAUGACUAUUUCAUUUAAUCCAUCUUUGUGUAAAGCCAUGGUACUUGCAUUAGAGGAUGUUAGUAUGGAACACCAGGAAAACCUGAAGAAGAGGUUGAAUAAAUAAUUUGCCAAAGUAUUAGAGAACAAAUCAUAACAGGAAAAAAUAUUUAUAAUUAAAUUUGGCCACAGUUUUAUUUUUGAAACGUUCUUUUUGUGAAUAGCAAAACCAAUGAAGUUUCAUACUUUGUUUCAAUUUAAUUAGAAAUGUUUAACCGUAUGUGUACACUUAAUUUUUUUUAACUUUGUUGAAUCUAGAAUCAUUAGGUAAAGGGCUAUACUACUGAGUACUCCUGAAGUCCUUGGUGAUUUUUUUAAAUUCAAUUUUUACUAGUACCUCUGUUGUUGAGAAAUUUGUUUUCCACUUGUCAUGUCCUAGAAGAUGAGUGCUAAAGUAUUGUUCUUGAGUCAUUUAUUAAAAGCUGAUAUUUAUGAAUAGGUAAUUUUAUUUCUAAUGCGUUGAGUACCCAAAAAUUUGCUUAUAGUUAGUAGAAAAAAAAAGUUAAAAUUAUCAGGAUAUCAGGCUUUAAGAUGCAAAUGGUUUUGCUGGGUUUUGUUAAUUAUUAAUAUUUGACAUACUUAAGGUAAAUCUUGUUAACUUGAUACUACUGUAUAGAUAUAUACUACUACAUACUGAAUGAUUUAAAAAAUUAUAUUUUAAGUCUGUCAGUGGCUUAUACUUUUAAUACCAGCUUCUCAGAAGUCUAGGAUAUAGAUGAUCAGAGUUUGAAGACAGCCUAGGCAGAAAAUUCCUUAAGAUUCCAACUCCAAAAAUCAUCAGCAAAAUGCCCUACCAGAGAUAUGGCUCAAGUGAUGGACCAUGCUCCCUGAGUUCAAACGCUGGUGUUGGAGUCAGGAGAGGGAAGAAGGAACAGUGUAUUUUAAAUGUCAUGUUAAAAGCUUCAGUAUUAAACGCUUAAUUUUUUUAAAUUAAAAUAAGUAGUUUAUACAUGUUUUUGGGUAUAAUUAUCCCAUUUUUGAAUUAGCAAUACAUGUAAAGUUUUAUUUUGUUGUGCUAAUUGUUUGAAAGGGAGGCUGUUUACUCUUCUGCUUUGUUAUAAUAAACUUUAUAUUAAAGAGAUAAAAUUGCUUUUUUAAUGCUAAAAUUUUGAA